AUGCCUUCUGUUUCUCCUCAUACUACCGCUCGGAUUAUAUCCGUCGUUGCGGGGACGUUGAUAGCUCUGUCUUGUGGGACAAAUUAUGCAUACUCCGCAUGGGCACCACAGUUCGCACACCGAUUAAAGCUUUCCUCGACUGAGGGUAACCUUAUCGGUGUGGCGGGAAAUCUGGGCAUGUAUGCCAUGGGUAUUCCCAUGGGUCUAUUGACUGAUGCAAAGGGACCUCGACUUAUUACUCUUAUCGGUUCGGUCUGCCUGGGUCUGGGAUACUAUCCGAUCUACCUAGCCUACCAACACGGAGAAGGAUCGGUCCCUAUUGUUUUCUUGUGCUUUUUCGCCUUUUUGACCGGUACCGGUGGUUGCGCAGCCUUUGGCGGUGCUAUCAAAGUUGCGGCAUCCAACUUUGCCGAGAACCGCGGCACUGCGACAGCAGUCCCGUUGGCUGCCUUUGGACUCAGUGCUCUAUUCUGGUCCAAUGUGUCCAGCCUCAUCUUCAAGGAUGACACGGGUAGAUUCUUGCUGCUUCUCGCCUGUGGAACCACUAUCCUCCCUUUGGUCUCUAUCCCAUUUUUGCGAAUCUUCCCCAGCCAGAACGAGCCCUAUGCUUCAAUCCCAAACCAUGAACAAUCAGGCGCCCCCGAGUCGCAAAGAAUGCGCCGACCGAGCACUGUUGGAGAACACACCGAGGAAAUCCAUGACUCCACAGGUUACGACCACGAGAACUCGGCGCACGUGCGCAGUCAUUCCGUCCACUCGAACCACCGUGGCGGAGCAUAUAACCACGACCAGGACGAGAGCUCGUCAUUGUUUUCCAAGCCUGAUGGCCGGCCAUCAUUCGAUACACUAGACGACGACUACUUGGCCGCCAUUGCCGUGGAUGCCCACCAUCCCGAUAUCCGCGGCCUGGCCAUGCUCAAGCACGUUGAAUUCUGGCAAUUAUUCCUGACCAUGGCACUCCUAUCCGGUAUCGGUUUGAUGACCAUCAACAACAUCGGAAACAGCGCCAAGGCUCUGUGGUUAUACUACGACGACAGCGCCACAUCCAAGUUCAUCCAGGAGCGCCAGAUCAUGCACGUUUCCAUCCUGUCUUUCGGCAACUUCCUCGGCCGUCUCCUUAGCGGCAUUGGCUCCGAUAUCCUCGUCAAGAAACUGAACAUGUCCCGCUUCUGGUGUCUCUUCAUCUCUGCCCUCGUUUUCACCCUCACCCAGCUUGCCGGCGCCUCAAUUUCCAACCCGAACACCCUCGUCGUUGUCUCAGGCUUCACGGGUGUUGCUUACGGUUUCUUAUUCGGCGUCUUUCCUUCCCUUACUGCUCACACCUUUGGCAUUGGCGGUCUCUCCCAAAACUGGGGAGCCAUGACUCUAGCCCCAGUGCUCAGCGGCAACGUGUUCAACCUUGUCUACGGCACAGUAUAUGAUCACCACUCUGUCGUCGGCCACGACGGUGACAGCGAAUGUCCCGAUGGUCUAGUCUGCUACCGUUCCGCCUACUUUAUGACAUUCUUCUCAGGUCUCUGCGGCAUCGUAGUUUGUCUAUGGAGUAUCUGGCGCGAGUCGCAGAUCCACAAAAACCGGAAGAAGAAUGGACACCGGAUCGCAUAA